AUGAAGAGGCUCCAGUCUGGAGUGGCGUCACUGCGUACAGAACACUUAUUUCCGCAGAGAAACUGCGCGCACGUUGUCCUGACCACCGUGUCUUACGUUUUCUUUGGGCAACACAUCAAUUUCGCAGGUUUCACACUUCAACGUGAUCUCGUUGUUACGGCAUAUGAAGGAGAUGCAGAAAUCCCUCGUCAGUCUUUCAAUAGGAAGAUAGGCAACGAGUGGGUUAGCGAACUCGCUGCUGAGCAGUUUGUUGAGCCUUUCAAAGACUUAGAAGAAGACACAAAACACCUUCUCGAGACAGAGGCACGAUUUAGGCCGUCGCGAUCAUGGGAGAUGCUGCCCAUGCAAUGGCGCCAUUUCAAGGUUCUGGCGCUGUUCAGAGUAUCGAGGAUGCUUACAUCCUCGCGACUGUUCUUGGACACAAACCCACGACCAUAG